GCAAUCAGCUGUUUGUAGUUGUCGUAACAGGCCGCCGCUGUUAGUUCGUUUCAAUUGCAUUUCGUUUAAUUUGUUUUAAUAAAUAUGAAUAAAAUAACGCGUGCUUUCAUUAGUGUACUACGGCAGAACAACAGUGGCUACAGCAGCGCCACUUUGCUGGGCCGCCAGCUGUCCUACCAAAGCGACUUGUCGCUCGACAAAAUCUAUCCCAAUGCUCGACUACAGCUUUACACGCCGCCGCCUCCACCCGGCAGCGGUGACAAAUUCAAUGGCUACAUACCCAUGGAUAAGCUAGAAAUCAGUUACAGUCGCAGCUCGGGUCCCGGUGGACAGCACGUGAACACAGUGAACACCAAAGUGGACAUACGCUUCAAGCUAGCUGAAGCAGAAUGGAUUCCAACGAAAACGCGCGAGAAGCUGCUCCAGGUGCUGGCCAAUAAGCUCAACAAGGAGGGCUACUAUUUCAUUAAAAGCGAUUUAACGCGCUCCCAGCAAAUGAAUUUGGCCGAUGCGCUUGAGAAGCUGCGCACCGUGAUUCGUGCCCAAGAGGUGGAACCCGUCGCACCCAGUGAAGAGACGAUUGAGAAGCUGCGCCGACGUCAAGAAAAGGCAGCACGGCAGCGUCUACAACUGAAGCGAGAUCGCUCUCAGGUCAAAGCCGAUCGUCGUGCGCCAAGUGGAGUUGAUUUUUAGUUUCUAUUUGCAAAAAUUUGUUACAUAAAGCUUUGGUUCAGUGAACAACUUAAA